CUUCACAAUCAAUCAAUCAAAUCCUUUACACUCACUUCACGGAUUAAAUCAAUAAAAACUUUAAGCUUUCUUUGCUUAUUCUUCACGGAUUCAUUCCACCUCCCUUCUUCUCUCUCUCUCUCUCUCCCCCUCGUGAAGCAAAACAGAUCUGAAAAUCUAGGGAGCACCGGCAAUGGAGUCUCUGUUAACAGUUGCGGAACUUGGCCUCUCUCUGUUGCUGAUCGUCUUCUGGGGAUUCAUCUCCGUCGUCGUCUUUGAAGCUUGGAGAAGGAGACACAGUAACGUUCCUGUGGAGACCGUGACUACACUCGAGGAUCCGACAUCCUUAAAACAGGUUCCCUGCCCUCAUAUCUCCGACCCUGCGGAGAAGUAUCUAUCAUUAAUUGUUCCAGCUUUUAACGAAGAGCAGAGACUUCCUGCUGCUCUUGAGGAGACAAUGGAUUACCUUCAAGGUCGUGCAUCACGGGAUAAGAGUUUUUCUUAUGAGGUGGUGAUUGUUGAUGAUGGAAGCGUGGAUGGAACAAAAAGAGUAGCUUUUGAUUUCGUCAAAAAGUAUACAGUUGACAACAUAAGGUUUAUACCCCUUGGGAAGAAUCAAGGGAAAGGAGAAGCUAUAAGAACUGGAAUGAUGCAUUCGCGUGGUGAACUACUUCUCAUGUUGGAUGCUGAUGGUGCAACUAAAAUCACAGACCUUGAAAAACUUGAAAAUCAGAUUCAUGCAGUAGCUAGAGAAGAAAAUUCAAUCAGAGAUCCAGCACUAAAGAAUGUGGCUUUUAAAAUAGGUGAUGUGCAAGUAUCAGCAUUUGGUUCUCGUGCUCAUCUCGAGGAGAAAGCUCUUGCUACAAGGAAGUGGUAUCGCAACUUUUUGAUGAAAGGUUUCCAUCUUGUGGUCUUGUUGGCUGCUGGUUCUGGAAUUCGAGAUACACAGUGUGGGUUCAAGAUGUUUACUAGAGCUGCUGCUAGAAGACUUUUCACAAACGUCCAUCUGAAAAGGUGGUGCUUUGAUGUUGAGUUGGUAUUCUUGUGCAAGCGUUUUAACAUUCCAAUGCUUGAGAUCUCUGUGAACUGGUCUGAAAUUCCCGGGUCUAAAGUCAGUCUGCUGAGCAUUCCCAACAUGCUCUGGGAGCUUGCUUUGAUGUCUGCGGGAUACAGAACUGGAAUGUGGAAGAUCCAUCACGCAUGAGAAGACACAUUGAACAAUAUACAUAGAGAGCAGUUUACUGCAGAGAGGAUAUUAACUUUUGAUGUCUUCUGAUCAAAGCAAGGAAAGGCAAAAGCUAUAGAAAGUUCGGUUGAAUCUUUCUUUCUAUAGAUGUAAGAUUAGUAAUAAUCUUAACAGGAUAUCAUGUGAUGACAACUACUAGAUUUUUUGUAAUAACUCGACACUUCAAUUACUAUGCUCUCUCUACU